AUGGCCCCCCCUCCACCCGCAACCCUGCCUCUGGCCGAACGAUUGAAGGCUUUAGCCCAAACCCUUCAGUUUGCUUGGUUCGUCGGCCAUCUAACACUUUUGCUAUCUGUCGUCCGCUACUCUCUGUCCUUCAUCUUUUUCAACUACUAUUCUUCCGCUGCUCAGAUCGCUUAUCGCCUAACGUUCAUCUCGGCGGCUGUGACCUAUGGAAUCGUCGUGUAUAAAGGCCACUUCGCCCGGGGCGUCCAGGGGAAUGUGCCUACAAUCGUGACGAAGCUCAUUUCCGACGAGAAUGUGCAGUACUUGGGAAUGGCUCUUGUCUGGUUGUACUCACGCCAGCUUAUUCUGGCCCUUCUGCCAUUCAGCGUGUACUCUGUCUUCCAUGUUGCGACCUACAGUCGCAUGUAUCUGAUCCCCACCCUGCAGCCCCCGGCCCAGGGUGCUGCUGGUGCAAACUCGCCGAGCUCUCCCAGCUCCAAGCCUGCAGCCAAGCAAAACGCUCUCGCCGAGACCAUUGGCCGUUUCAUCAAGCAGUAUUAUGACGCUAGUAUGGGCGUUGUUGCCGCGCUUGAGAUUCUGCUUCUCUUCCGUCUUGUUCUUUCUGCGAUCGCCUUCUCCAAGGGUAGCUGGGUCCUACUGCUAGUUUACCUGUCUUUCUUCCGUGCUCGCUAUGCCCAGAGCUCCUUCGUUCAGCAAGCUGUUCGUCAGCUCACCGCCCGUGCCGACGCCUCCAUCUCUCACCAGAGCACUCCCCCGCAGGUCCGCCAAGGCUGGGAGGCAUUCAAGGGCGUUGUUCGUCAGGUCUACGAGGCUACCGAUAUCGGUCGCUAUGUCUCCGGCCCUGCUGCCGCCAACAAGAAGCCGCAGUAA